AUGGAUUUUAUUGUGGUAGUUACAGGUCUUUUAGCUUACAUUCUGCCAAAUUUAAAUCAACCAGCUGUACGUGCAUUACGUGUAUUACGACCACUUAAAUUAGUAACUGGUUUUGAAAGUUUACAAAUUGUACUCAAAUCUAUCAUUAGAGCUAUGGCUCCAUUACUUCAAAUUAGUUUAUUAGUAUUAUUUGCUAUAAUUAUAUUUGCAAUAAUUGGCUUGGAAUUCUAUUCAGGUGGAUUUCAUAUGACAUGCUUUGAUUUAUAUAAUCCAGACUACUUACCAAUUUCUUUACCGAAUCGACCAACAUUAGCACCAUGCAGUCUUUCAAAUGGUUCAGCAACUAGUACAGGUUCUUUACCACAUGGAGCAUUUGUAUGCCCACCAAAUUAUAUAUGUAAAGGUUAUUGGGAAGGACCAAAUUAUGGCAUAACUAGUUUUGAUAAUAUUGGUUACGCUAUGCUUACUGUAUUUCAAUGUAUCACUAUGGAAGGUUGGACGGAAAUAAUGUAUUCAACAAAUGAUGCAUUUGGUGAUCGUUUCAAUUAUCUAUAUUUUGUUCCACUUAUAAUACUUGGAUCAUUUUUUAUGUUAAAUCUAGUACUUGGUGUUCUAAGUGGUGAAUUUGCCAAAGAAAGAGAACGUGUAGAAAAACGUCGUGCAUUUUUAAAAUUACGUCGGCAACAACAAACUGAAAAAGAAUUUAGUGGAUAUAUGGAUUGGAUUCAAAAAGCUGAAGAGGUAAUUUUGGCUGAAGAUACUACUACAGCUGAUGAACGGAUGCGUAUUAUAUCAGCUCGUCGAAGAGCGGCUAAACAACGACUUAAACAGACUGGUAAAGAUGCUUCAUUCAAUGACUCGAAUUUUGAGGAUUCUGUAUUAUUUGCAGAAUCUAAAUCACAUUCAUCUUAUGGUGAUCUACUAAGACGUCGAAAAGAGAGAUGUCAGGGAUGUUGGAGAAGAGAAAAACGAAUUCGGUAUGCUAUUAGGAGAAUGGUAAAAAGUCAACCAUUUUAUUGGGUUGUAAUUAUACUUGUAUUUUUGAAUACCGUAUGCGGUGCUAUUGAACAUCAUGGUCAACCAGUAUGGCUUUCCACAUUUUUAUAUUAUGCAGAAUUUGUUUUUCUUGGUUUAUUUAUCAUUGAAAUGUUAUUGAAAGUAUAUGGAUUGAAUAUACGAAUCUACUUUGAAUCUUCAUUCAAUAUCUUUGACUGUGUCGUCAUUAUAGGAAGUUUAUUUGAAAUAAUUUGGGGAUUCUUUCAUCCUGAUGCAUCAUUUGGUAUCAGUGUUUUACGUGCAUUGAGACUUUUACGAAUUUUCAAAGUAACCAGGUACUGGGCUUCAUUACGUAAUUUGGUACUUUCAUUAUUGAAUUCAAUGCGAAGCAUUAUUUCGUUAUUGUUCCUAUUAUUUCUCUUCAUUCUAAUAUUUGCAUUACUUGGAAUGCAAUUAUUUGGCGGAGAUUUCAAUUUUGAUGAAGGAAGACCAACACAAAAUUUCGAUACUUUUGUUAAAGCCUUGCUAACUGUAUUUCAAAUAUUAACUGGUGAAGAUUGGAAUACAGUUAUGUAUAAUGGGAUAAGAGCACAAGGUGGUGUUACCAGUGGUGGUGCAAUUUACAGUGUAUAUUUUGUUUUAGUUAUGGUAUUUGGAAAUUAUACACUAUUAAAUGUAUUUCUCGCUAUUGCUGUGGAUAAUUUGGCAAAUGCUCAAGAAUUGACCGAAGCUGAAGAAGAACAGGCCAAAUUACAAGAAGAAAGUCAUUUAGCUGAAGAAUCAGCUGAAAUGCGAUCAGCUACUGAUGCCAAAAAUAAUUCUAACAAUAAUAAUAACAAUAACGGCGAUGUCAAAAAUACACAAACAGGAAAAUUGGUGAAUAAUUAUCACAAAUCUAAUAUUCAUGAUACAGAGAAUAGUUCAAAUACAAUACAAGGAAAUGCAAAUGAAAUGAAUAAAAACAGAACCGGUGUACAAAAGGACAAUUUCAUGUUUCGUCACAUGACCAAUUUAAAUUUUACAUCGCUUGAAAGUGAUGAUACAGCAAGAUUACAAGGUUCUAUACAAAUUCAAGGAAAACCUGUUCUACCGUAUAGUUCAAUGUUUAUUUUUGCACCAACUAAUGCAAUACGACGAUUUUGUCAUUUCGUAGUCAAUUUACGCUAUUUUGAUUUAUUUAUCAUGAUUGUAAUUUGUGCAAGUAGUAUUGCUUUAGCCGCUGAAGAUCCAAUCUCUGAACAGUCAAAACGUAAUACCAUAUUAGAACACUUUGAUUACGCAUUUACUGGUGUAUUCACAAUUGAAUUAAUUUUAAAAGUGAUUGAUCUAGGUGUUGUAUUACAUCCUGGUUCAUAUUUUCGUGAUACAUGGAAUAUUCUUGAUGCUAUAGUUGUAUUUUUCGCUUUAGUAGCAUUUGUAGUAAGAUCAGCUACCUCGUUAGGACGAAUUGGUACAAGUACAUCAGCAAAGAAUUUAAAUACUAUAAAGUCGUUACGUGUACUACGUGUUCUUAGACCAUUGAAAACAAUCAAUCGUGUGCCAAAAUUAAAAGCUGUAUUUGAUUGUGUAAUCAGUUCACUUAAAAAUGUUUUCAAUAUUCUAAUCGUCUAUUGGCUUUUUCAAUUCAUUUUCGCCGUCAUUGCUGUUCAAUUAUUUCAGGGAAAAUUUUUCUAUUGUAAUGAUGUUUCUAAAAUGACAAGAGAUGAUUGUCAGGGCCAGUUUAUUGAUUACAAUGAUCGAGGUGAUCCAUUCCUUCAGAAUCGUACAUGGCGUACACGCGACUUCAAUUAUGAUAAUGUAAUUCAUGCAAUACUUACACUAUUCACAGUGACAACUGGUGAGGGGUGGCCAGCAGUACUUAAAAAUUCUAUUGAUUCAACAGUUGCUGAUCGUGGUCCAUCACCAGAUUUUCGUCAAGAAAUGGCUAUUUUCUAUGUGGUCUUCUUUAUUGUAUUUCCAUUCUUUUUUGUAAAUAUUUUUGUGGCACUUAUUAUUAUUACUUUUCAAAAUCAAGGUGAAAAUGAACUAAUUGAAUUAGAUUUAGAUAAAAAUCAAAAACGUUGUAUUGAUUUUGCUAUUAAUGCUCGACCAUUAUGUCGGUAUAUGCCAAAAGAUAGACAUUCAUUGAAAUAUCGAGUAUGGCGUCUUGUUGUCUCGACACCAUUUGAAUAUUACAUCAUGGUUAUGAUUGCAAUUAAUACUUUAAUUUUAAUGAUGAAGUAUCAUCGUCAAGAACAAAAGACGUAUUUUACUGCUUCCGUUGACACUGAACAACAAGCUUAUCAUAACUAUUGUAAUACAUUAUUGUAUUUCAAUUCUGCUUUCACUGUCAUGUUCUCUGUGGAAUGUAUGCUGAAAAUUAUGGCUUUUGGACCAAAAAAUUAUUUCCGUGAUCGAAUCAGCAUUUUGAGUUUAGGAUUUCUACGUCUUUUUCGUGCAGCACGUUUAAUUAAAUUAUUACGUCAGGGUUAUAGUAUACGUAUUAUUUUAUGGACAUUUAUUCAAUCAAUUAAAGCAUUACCUUAUGUUUGUUUACUGAUUACAAUGUUAUUUUUUAUCUACUGUAUUGUUGGUAUGCAGGUUUUUGGUAAUAUUAAAACAGAUCCACAUUCUCAAUUAAAUAAUCAUAAUAAUUUUCAAACAUUUGGAGAUGGGAUACUUUUACUAUUUAGAUGUGCAACUGGUGAAAAUUGGCAAGAAAUUAUGCUCGAUUGUGCAGCUGGUAAAGAAUGUGAAGGUUCUGCUGUUAUUAUGGAUAAUUUUGAUUAUUUAACUAGAGAUUCUUCUAUAUUGGGUCCACAUCAUUUAGAUGAAUUUGUUCGUGUUUGGGCUGAAUAUGAUCCAGGUGCUACAGGUCUUAUUCAUCAUCGUGAUGUGUAUGAAAUGCUUAGAAACAUGGAACCACCAGUUGGAUUUGGUAAAAAUUGUCCAUAUCGUUUAGCUUAUCGAAAAUUAAUUCGAAUGAAUAUGCCAGUAGAUGAAAAUGGUUGUGUUAAUUUCACAACUACGCUAUUAGCUUUAAUACGUGAAUCAUUAGGCAUUAAAACGGGACCAACUGAAAUAAUGGAUCAACGUGAUAUGGAAUUAAAAGAAACUAUUUGUAAAUUAUGGCCUGUUCAUGGAAAGAAAAUGCUUAAUUUGCUUGUACCUCCAGAUUCAGAGCUUGUCUAUCACAAAAUGACUGUUGGGAAAAUAUAUGCAAGUUAUCUUAUGAUUGAAAAUUGGAGAGCAACACGAGCCUUUCAAGGUAAAGGUGGAACUUCUAAAUCUGCUAGUAUAUUGGCACGAUUCUUUGGUGCAGUAAAACAAAAUGCUCAUCAUCCAAAUGUUAAUUCUGAAACGGAAGAUGAAAGAGGAAGCCCCGAACUCAGUGAAUUCUCAGAGAAAACAACAUCUGAAAAUAAGAAUCGAAGAAAAAGUAGAAAUUCAACUUCACAUCACAAUGAUCCUAAUCGUCUUCUUACUCCACGAGGAUCAGAAUUCACAGAACAACCUAUGUAUCUAGCCAGUAGCCAAUUCAAAAAACAAUCUAGAAUGAAUGAAAUUGAUCAAACAAUAUCUAGUAAUAAAUCACAAUAUCUUAUUCAUGAUGAAAAUAAAACAACAACUGAGCAAUACCAAAAACAUCCGACUUAUUGUGUGAGAAAUAAAAGAGAACAAGCAUAUUCUGGUCGUAAUUCAAGAUGUUAUCAACGUCAUUCUACGUAUUUAAGAGAUAAUACUUAUCAUGAAAUACCUGAAGACUUUGAAGACACUGACAAAAUAAGUGAAAGUAACGAAGAACUUUCAAAAAUCAAAUACCAGGGUCGUCUACCAGUGACUAGUUCAUCAGGAGGUUAUUAUGAAGAUCAACAUGAUCAGUAUUUUGAUAAAUCAGAUCAUCCUCAACUGGUGCGUAAAAAUAUUGAUGAACUUUAUAAUACUGAUGAAAUAAAAUACGUACCAUAUGGGAUUUCACAUGCAAAAGCAUUUUCUCAAAAGCCGUUAAUGUCGAGCAGAGAGUAUAGUAUUUAUUUGUCUCCAAGUAGUGAUAUGAGAAGAACUGAUGACAUUAUAACUGAUGAGCAUCAGAGUUUAGAAAAUGUGACUCCUAAAUAUAACGUAGAUUUUGUCAAGGAUGAAAGUGAAACACCGUACUAUCAGUUACGUGAUAUGAAUCCUCCUGAUUUUUACAACCCAUCAUAUACGGAUACCAAAACAGCCGGACAGAAACGUCCUUUACAGCUUCCUCAUCAACAUUCAAUUCCUAUUUUCACAAAACAAAGAGACAUUCGAGGUGAACCAUUAUGGGGAUUAAGAAAUAUGCCACAUUUAACACGAAGUCCUAGUGUCGAAUAUACUUCAAAGUAUUCUCCUUGUCAACAGUUGUUAGGCGGCAACCAUAUGGUUAUGAGACCCCAUCAUUCAAUAUUUCAUCCUAUUCCACCCCCAUCAGGUUCACACAUAUCAAAUCUCAAAGCUCAUAGAUCGUUUGACACUGAUGAAAGCUUAGAAAUAUUUCCAUAUGAAUUCACGUCCAACAUGCAUUUUCAACCGGUGCCUCCACCGACAAAUUAUGACUGGGAGGCAAAGUAUGCUGAUAAGUUGUACAGUCACCAAAUAAAUGAAGAAUCAAUUGUUAAAAGUACAAAUAUAGGUAUUGAUCAACCUUCACAUUUUGCAUCCACUUCACAUUUUGAUGAUUUUAAAUUAAAGAAAUCUUCUAUGCAUUUUCUUACACCACAAUUAAAAAGACAUUGUAUACCGCAUACUAUUACAACACAAAUAAAAAGACCUAAAAGACAAAUUCAUGCAACUGUAAUAAAUUUUAAUAAUAAUCCUACUAUAUUUGAAUGUAAUACUACUACAACAAAUACAAUCACUACUACAAAUAAUACUUGUACAAAUGUUAUUUACACAAGACCAUAUGAAUUAUCAUCAAAUAUUCCAUCUUUACCUUCUGCUGACUUUCAUGAUCUACAACAUAAACUAACUGAUUCUUCUUUUUCUUCCUCCUUAUUUCCUCAAUAUUACAAUUAUACACUGAAAACAGAUUAUCAUCCAAUACAAUAUGAUGAUGUAUUAAAUGAAAAAUCAACAUUGAAUCAACCAGAAAAUUCAUCAUCAUGUUCCAAUGAUGACGACGAUGUGAUUUAA